AUGUUGCGUACACCCCCAUUGAAAUUUAAUACCCGUGAACCUCCAACUGAUCCUCCUUCUGGUAAUGAAGAUAAACGAGUAAACAGAAGUGUCGGUUCUGUCAACGUCGAUCACCGAUCACAAAAAUCAGUGUCUUCUAAAGGCAGUACUUGUAGCCAAAUCAAAGCUUUAGAAUUAAGUAACCAGCUAGAAGAAGAAGAACUUAGAGCAUCAUUAGAACAAGAUAGGAUAGAAGCAGAGUUGCAACUAAAAGCGUUGCAAAUCGAGAAAGACUUAAAGCUGAAGCGAGAACAGAAGAAAGCGGAGUUUUUAAAAAAGAAACGCGAACGUGAAAUGCUCAUUUUAGAACUAAAAUCGAACUCUGAUGGGUCGAGUAUUUGUAGUUCAUCGAGUCGAGUGCAUGAUUGGGUAAAAAGUGUAGCGAGUGAACAAUCGGACGCAACCAUCCAACACCACGACUUUAUAAACACAGCACAGGAAUCGAAAUCACAGCCUCCUACAACAGCGAAUAUCUUCAAUUCGAAUCCACAACGUGAAACUUUGCCUAAUAUGCCGAAUUGGAACCGGCAACAUGGAUUGAAUUUAAACCCAGCGAGCGAUCCUGCACCUACUUCUGGUGUUACUCCAGAGAUAACCGAGGUAUUGUCUCACGCCUUCAAAGCUCUACAAAAUCGACAUGUGAGAGAACUGCCCACAUUUUCUGGGAACAUUAUGGAGUGGCCGAUAUUUGAGAAUGAGUUCAAUACGUCGACUACCGAAUUCAAAUUAAGCGAUCGUGAUAACUUGAGGAGACUGAACAGCGCACUGCAAGGAAAGGCAAGAAGAACUGUAGAAGCGCUAUUAUCGUCUACAGACAACGUAGAACUGAUUAUGAGGAUGCUAAAAUCAAAUUUUGGUCGAACAGAAUGGGUUGUAGCCAAUCGCCUCGACGUUUUGCGGAACCUGGACAAUGUGAAGGAAGGAAACAUCGAAUCUUUUAGAUUUUUCUACAAUGCCGUAGUUGGUACAGCUGUAGCUCUAAAAAAUGUAGGAGCAGAAAUGUAUUUACUGAAUCCUGAACUUAUCGCGCAUUUAGCUGAAAAGCUUCCUAGUUUCAGUAAACAAAUGUGGAUUCGUCAUAAGGCGGAUUUGAUGAGACAUGGUGGAAACAUUGACUUCCAAGCAUUUUCCCGGUGGUUGGAGGAUGAGAUGGAGAACCAGCUGGCAAGUAUGAAUCCAAUCGUUUCAUAUCGGAAACAAUCGCCAAAUCUGAAACCGAAACAACCUGUUCUUAAUAUAAACAACGACGAAGAAGAGAUUAAAUGUCCACUCUGUAGUGCAAAUGAUCACCAAAGUUUGACAAAAUGUGAGAAGUUCCGGAAAUUAUCCGUGGAGCAGCGUAGGUCUGUAGCGAGAAGCUGUAAGGUAUGCUACGUUUGUCUCAAACCGGAUCACAACCGCCAGAAAUGUCAAUCAAAUAAAACUUGUUCGGUUUGUGACAAGAACCACCACGAACUGGUGCAUUCAGAUGAUGUCCCAAAGCAGCUGCCUAGGCAGACCAACUUCAAGUCGCAAUCUGCUGAAAACUUAUGCCAUAUAAAUGCGAGAAGUUCAAACACAUUGCUUCGCAUAGGCAAGGUUAAAAUCAAAAGCGAGAACAAAGUCCACGUGGUGUUCGCCUUGUUUGAUGAAGGAUCAUCUGUUUCCAUGGUGGAUGCUUCCCUCGCUGCCACGAUGGGUAUAUCUGGACCUGUACAACCUGUUACUUAUCGUUGGACAAAUGGAAUAACACACAAAGAUGAAGACUCGAUGAGGCUGUCGCUCCAAAUAUCCGGCCCGAACCCGCAAUCGAAAUGGUAUCAACUUAACAACGUACGUACAAUUAAAGACAUUAAUCUUCCGUGCGUGAAUUUCGACCUCGAGAAAAUUAAACAACUGUACCCACUGUUGGACGACGACAAACUGGAAGCUGUACAAGGUGCAGUACCUAGGAUACUGAUUGGUUCCAAUAACGCUGGCCUUAUUGUACCUCUGAAGACUAUUCAAUACUCGGUUAAUGGACUACAGCUAACACGUUGCCACCUUGGUUGGACCAUCCACGGUGAAAUCCAACCGGAUAUCGAAGUAACAGAUCGUUUUCAUAUCCUGAUGUGUUCCGAGGCAAAUGAUGUAGAACUUACAACGUUGGUCAAGCAGAUGUUCAAAGUUGAAGAUUUUGGAAUAACUCAGCACGAUCCAAAGAUGUCAGAGGAGGAUGAACGAGCUUUGGACAUAAUGAACAGAACGCUGAAGCGGUGUGGCGAUCGUUUCGAAGUAGGGCAACUGUACAAAUACAAUCAUUUUUCAUUCCCUGACAGCAAACCACAAGCACUCCGUCGAUUGCAAACUAUGGAGAAGAAAAUGGACGCAGAUCCUGAUUUUGCUGAGAAGUACUGCCAGAAGAUUCAAGAAUAUCUUGACAAAGGAUAUGCUCGAAAAUUAGCGCCAGAAGAGUUAGAGGAAACACCAAAUACAUGGUAUUUACCGCACUUCAGCGUUGUCAGCGCUAACAAGUUUAGAUUGGUAAUGGAUGCCAAGGCUAAAUCCCACGGAUUUUCUUUGAAUGAUUUGUUGUUGAAAGGUCCUGACUUCGUUCCUUCACUAAUUGCUGUAUUGAUGAGAGGACGAAGAAAGAAGAUUGCCUUCAUGGCUGAUAUUAGGGAAAUGUUCCACCAAGUAUUGAUACGCUUGGUGGAUCAGAAUUCCCAACGAUUUUUCUGGCGUGCCAUGGAUAGAAGCGUUGCUCCAGAGGUAUAUGUGAUGAUGGUGAUGAUUUUUGGAGCGGCCUCUUCCCCUGCAAUCGCGCAAUUUAUAAAAAAUUUCAAUGCGAAGGAGCUAGAGGAACAACUGCCUGGCGUGCAACGUGCAAUAGUUGAGCAGCAUUACGUUGAUGACUAUUUUGAUUGCGCCGAUUCGGAAGAAGAAGCAGUUGAGCUUAUCCAUCGUGUGACAGCUGCACAUGACCAAGGAGGCUUUAAAUUGGUAAAGUUCCAGUCCAACUCUGAAGCAGUAGUGCAAUCUGUCAACCCUUCUUUGCGCGAGAACGUGAAUGAGAACCAGAAUGAGGCGCGGAUACUCGGGUUAAAAUGGAAUUUGCAAACCGAUGAGUUCGUUUUUACGUUGGAUUUUCCUGAGCUGAAGGAAUCGCUCAGAUCUGGAGAGAUGAUUCCUACUAAACGUGAACUGUUGAAAUUCAUGAUGAGUAUUUUCGAUCCUUUAAAUGUGCUGAGUCCUAUCACCAUCCAUCUGAAAAUUAUAUUCCAAGAGCUGUGGCGUAUGCAAGUGGGCUGGGACGACCAACUACCUGACGGGUUGGUACCAAAGUGGAACGAGUGGCUAGCAGAAACUGUUAAGUUACAGGAGGUACGUGUUCCAAGAUACUAUUUUCCUGGCCUGCCAUCUUUCAGUAGCGUCGAACUUCAUGCAUUUUGUGAUGCCAGCGACAAAGCCUUUGCCAGUGUUGUAUACUUGGUACAUCGAUGCGGUGGGAAAACGUAUAUUGCUUUUGUAUUGGCUAAAUCUAGAGUAGCCCCUCUGAAAUCGCAAACUGUCCCACGUCUUGAAUUGCAAGGCUGUGUGCUGGCUAGUCAGCUGACGAGAUCGAUACAAGAAGAACUUAAAGUUGAAAUAAUAUCCACACAUUUUUGGACCGAUUCUAAAAUCUGCCUUGGUUGGUUAAGCACAACGGAAAAACUCACUGCUUACGUUGGAUCACGCGUCACAAAAAUUAAGGAGAACGGCCAUAAUACGAGUAUGUGGCAUUGGAUCCCUUCAAACCUGAAUGUUGCAGAUUUGGGUACUAAAUCAUCGAAAUUUCCCACAAUUCAAUUAUGGUUGAGCAGUCCUGAUUUUCUUCAUCAACCACGAUGUUUGUGGCCCGUCACUGAUGACGUCGUAAUGACUGCAGAUGAAUCUAUAAAUUUUCACGCAGAAACGGAAAGCUGUCCUGAAGAAGACUUAAUGUGUUUUCAAACAUCGAAAGUAGAAACACUUGAUCUACCGGACAUCAAGAGAUUCUCCGACUACAAUCGGCUGAUACGUACUACGGCGUACUACCUGAAAAUGAGAAAGAUUUUAUCAAUGUCGAAAAAUGAUAAACCUAAGCAGUUCAAGAUCGAUGUACAUGAUAUGACGAAAGCCAAGGAUGCUUGGUAUAGGAAGGUACAACAGGACGAAUUCAACGAAGAAAUUAAAGAUUUAAAAUUCAAGGGGCUUGUGAAAAAAACAAGCAGACUGUACACCUAUUCUCCUUUUCUGCACAACGGAAUCAUUCGAAUGCGAGGAAGGAUUCAGAAUGAUGGAUGCGCUUUUGAGGUCAACAAUCCUGUAAUUUUGCCAGACAAACACGACUUCACAACGUUACUCAUUCGGUUGUACAACAUUUCAAAUUGUCAUCAAGGACUAGAAACGGUAAUAAACAAUCUACGGCAGCGUUAUCGAAUUCUUAAGCUGAGUUCACAGGUGAAGAAAACGGCAAGUGAAGUAGUGAAUCCUCCGAAUUCCAAAGAACAUUGGUCCUUCUCCCCACCGGCAGGUGAGUCCCGGUGUCCGUUGCAGCUCGUUCAAAUUGACUGA